AUGGAGAAAGGCCACCCCACGGAUCUGGUUGCAAUGACCACAUCGCUAAUCUGGAAUAGAAGGAAUAGGCUCCGUCUGGGUGAAUCUGUGCUGGAUUUAAGACUUCUUUACUAUAUGGCAAGAGAUGCACUUCAGAAAUUUCAUCAAGCCCACAUCUCGGCACCUUCUCCUACUCUCACCCGAAGCCUCACCAAGUGGGAACCGCCCCCUUUGGACUGGGUAAAAAUUAACUUUGAUGGCGCCACCUUUCAAGCAAAGGAUGUUGCAGGGCUGGGAGCCAUUAUUCGCAACGACCAUGGUCUAGUUAUGGCUGCAUUAACACAAGUAGUUCCACUACCCACCUCAGUGGAGAUGGUGGAAGUGUUGGCAGCAAGACGAGCUCUUUCUUUUGCUCAAGAGCUUGGGUUUGAUCAUAUCAUCUUGGAAGGCGACUCGGACACAGCUAUCCGAGCUAUGAAGAAUGAGAGUUUCUCUUCGGCAAGCUUUGGUCACAUUCUUGCUGACAUCAAGGUCCUUUCCUCCCAUUUCAGGCACUUAGCUUUUAGGCAUACACGUAGGCAAGGAAACAAGGUAGCUCAUAGCUUAGCAAGAGCUGCAUGUAAUUUCUUUCCUUUUUGUACAUGGAUUGAAGAAGUCCCUGCUGUCUCUAAUGUAGUCUAUCUUGAUGAAAUUUUAUUGGAAUCAUAG